AUGCUUUCUACUAUAGUGGCUGCCCUCGCAGGCCAUGCUACCCUUACCAGUGGCCAUGUCAUCCACAAACGAGUUACCACUCCAGCUGCUUACGCUUCCAACUCCGAUGGCAGUUAUACCCUGACCUCCAUUACAGCUCCUGUUCAAGGCGCCGGUUCUCCUGGGUCAGAGUCAACAUGGGACCUCAGCAUUGAUGAUACGUCUUCGGGGUACAAGCAGAAAAUCACCGGAUUUGGGGCAGCUGUAACUGACGCCACGGUUACUUCCUUCAACAAGUUAUCAAGCUCUAAGCUUAGUGAAUUGUUGAACGUUCUGAUGACCUCUACCGGUGCCGACUUCAGUCUCAUGCGCCACACCAUUGGCGCAUCUGAUUUAUCUGGAGACCCCUCGUACACCUAUGACGAUAAUGGCGGCAAAGCCGACACAUCAAUGUCUGGAUUUAACUUGGGAGAUCGAGGUAACGCUAUGGCUUCCAUGCUGGCUAAGAUGAAGUCCCUGCAAUCGAACCUAAAAGUGCUCGGCUCUCCCUGGAGUGCCCCUGGAUGGAUGAAGUUGAACUCUGCCAUUGACGGCAACACAAACAACAACAACUUGAAUGAUGGUUAUAUGGGUAAUGGAGUGGGAAGCUCUGGAUACUCCAGUGCGUUUGCUCAAUAUUUCGUCAAGUACAUCCAAGCAUACAAGGCAUUGGGUGCUACUAUUGAUGCUAUCACUCUUCAGAACGAACCUCUGAAUAGCCAGGCUGGUUACCCGACUAUGUACAUGUACGCUGAGGAGCAAGGAGACUUGGUUCAGAACUAUGUCGGUCCUGCUCUUGCCAAGGCAGGAUUGAGCACCUCUAUUUGGGCUUAUGACCACAACACUGAUGUUCCAGACUUUCCACAGACUGUUUUGAACAAUGCUGGUCAAUAUGUGGAUACUGUAGCAUGGCACUGCUAUGCCAACAAUCUUGACUGGUCCGUCCUGACAGACUUCAAGAACAGCAACCCUAAUGUCACCCAAUACAUGACCGAAUGUUGGACCCCCGCGGACGGAGACUGGAACCAAGCCUCAGAUUUUACUAUCGGACCCCUUCAGAACUGGGCCUCAGGGGUCAUGGCCUGGACACUGGGCACAGAUGAGUCCGACGGACCACACUUGUCAACCGGGGGAUGCGGCACCUGUCAGGGCCUAGUCACAGUCAACAGCGAUGGCACUUAUACACUCCAACCCGCAUACUAUAUGAUGGCACAGUACAGUAAAUUCAUGCCGCCAGGUGCCAUCGUUCUAAGCGGAACCGGAAGCUAUACCUACGACGACGGCACUGGUAUUCAGUUUGUUGCCUCGUUGAAUCCUGACGCUACUCGUUCUGUUGUUAUUGAGAACACUUUUUCCAAUGAUAUUUUUAUUACUCUGAGCACCAAGAGUGGUCAGAAAUGGAGUGGUAAUAUCCCAACGGAAUCGUUGGUGACAUGGGUGCUGCCUGCUGUUUAA